AUGACCGUGACUGAUCAUUCGAAGAGGCGUGUUUCCUAUUACUAUGACCGUAAGUUUUAUUAUCUUUAUGUCUUCUACUUUUAAUAUUAUGGUUAAAGUCUUAAAUUUAAUUGGAUGUUCUAAUGUUUUAUACGUUUCAGCUAACAUUGGUAACUAUUACUAUGGUCAAGGUCACGUCAUGAAGCCCCAUCGUAUUCGUAUGUGUCAUCACCUUCUCUUGAACUACGGUCUAUAUAGACACUUGGAGGUGUACAGACCAUUCCCAGCGAGCUUCGAGGAGAUGACAAGGUUUCACACCACUGAUUACAUGCAGUUCUUGCAGUCGGCUAACCCUGAUAAUCUUCGAGCAUUCAGCAAGCAGAUGUUGAAGUGUGAGUGUCACUUUAGGUUGAUUACAUUUUAAUUUUAGUUAACGUCGGAGAAGAUUGUCCAGUGUUUGAUGGACUAUACGAGUUCUGUCAGUUGUCCAGCGGUGGAUCUUUGGGUAGGUUAAAGAAUGCCUACAAAUUAUGUAUGAUAUACUUUGCAAAAGUUUAUUAUUAUAAAAGGAUGUCUCUAAAUAUAUAAUUUUGCAGCUGCUGCUGUAAAAUUGAACAAGCAGAAGGCCGAUAUUGUGAUCAACUGGAUGGGCGGUCUUCAUCACGCCAAAAAAGCCGAAGCUUCUGGAUUCUGCUAUACCAAUGACAUCGUACUGGGUAUCCUUGAACUUCUAAAGUAUCACCAAAGAGUACUGUACGUAGACAUUGAUGUGCAUCACGGUGACGGUGUCGAAGAAGCCUUCUACACCACCGACCGUGUGAUGACUGUAUCGUUCCACAAGUACGGAGACUUCUUCCCCGGAACUGGAGAUAUCCAUGACAUCGGGGCUGGAAAGGGAAGGAACUACUCUGUGAAUGUGCCGUUGAGAGAUGGGAUCAGCGACAACAGCUACCAGAGCAUCUUCAAGCCGGUCAUGACCAAGGUAAUGGAGACCUUCAACCCAAAUGCUGUGGUCUUGCAAUGCGGGGCUGACUCCUUAAAUGGCGACAGAUUGGGGCCGUUCAAUUUGACAUUGAGAGGUCACGGGGAAUGUGUCAAGUUCUUCAGAGAUUACAACGUUCCCCUGAUGUUGUUGGGAGGUGGAGGAUACACUCCACGGAACGUUGCCAGAUGUUGGACCUACGAAACUUCGUUAGCUGUUGAUAUGCCUAUUAACGAUGGUAAGAUAGUUUUAAAUUUUUAAGGGUUCCUUAAAAACUGAUAUUUUUUAAUAGGGUAAUAGAAAAAAAGUUUAAAGGUGUUUUUUGCAAGAAAAGACAUUUAAAAUGUUUUAGAGUUACCGUACAAUGACUACUUUGAAUACUUUGGCCCCAAUUACCGGCUACACAUCGAGCCUUCUCAAGCUACCGAUGAGAACGAUCAAGCUUAUCUUCUAAAGAUCCAAGAAGCUGUGGUCGAGAAUCUCAGAAAGCUUCAAGGCCCCUCCAGUGUCCAAAUGCACGGUAAGCAUCAAUACUAGCAUGUGACAGAUCAAAGAACUGUUUUUUCCACUCGAACUGUCAUUAAUAAUAUAUUUUAUUUUUAAUGCACAAAUAUUUGACGAUGUUAUUUAGCUGUCGACAAGGACAUAAUGGAGGUGGACGACACGAAGUUGAUCGAUGGAGCCAAUCCAGAUGAAAGAUUGCCCGACGCCGUGGUGGACAAGAUGGUGGAAGACACGGGAGAGCUGUACGAUGGAGAGAAGGAAGGUGGGGACGAGAGAAACGAACAGUCCUACAAGCGGCCUCACGAGGAAGGAGACUCUCCUACCCCCAAAAAAGCUAAGGAAGACGACCAACCGGCUGAGCCAGCUACUCCAGAAAGCUAA